AUGGACGGGGCCGCCAUCGUGCGCAUUCGCGAACUCAAAAAGGACAGCGUCAACUUUGUCCUGGAAAAUGUCGACCUGGCGUUCGCCAACUCGCUGAGACGGGUGGUUAUGGCGGACAUCCCUUCAAUUGCCAUUGAUAUGGUCGAAAUUGACGCCAAUACGACUGUGUUGCCUGAUGAAUUCAUCGCCCACAGACUUGGAAUGGUGCCAUUGAUAAGUGCGAAUUGCGACGAUGCUAUGCGUUAUACAAGGGAUUGCACAUGUCCGGCAGGGUGCCCUAUAUGUUCAAUAUGGCUGCAAUUGUCCGUCACAUGUACCGACGACCGAACGAUCGACGUGACCAGCGAUAAUCUAGAAGUCGUUCCGGGUCCGUUUGGGAUGUCUAUGUCCAUGGAUGAUGCGCCAGAAGAACUUACCAAACGAGGCCCUUAUUUUGGACAUCCCGUUAAUGAACCAGGCGCACAGCCAGUGUUACUAUGCAAAAUUCGCAAAGGACAAGAGUUGAAACUGCGCUGCGUGGCUCGCAAGGGUAUCGCGAAAGAACACGCAAAAUGGUCCCCUUGUAGCGCCGUAUCUUUCGAGUAUGAUCCUCACAACAAGCUUCGACACACAACUCAUUGGUUCGAAGUCGAUGAGCGAGCGGAAUGGCCUCUCGGCCCAAAUGCUGAAGAGGAAGAGGCACCCAGGGAAGACCAGCCCUUCGACUUCAACGCUAAACCAAACAAAUUCUAUAUGGAAGUAGAGACCGAUGGGAGCUUGGGGGCUCAGGAAGUCAUAAUGAAGGGUCUUGCAGAGCUGCAAACAAAACUUGCUAAUUUGAUCCUAGGUAUCAAGCCUGACUUGGAUAUGAUAGCAGGAGGAGAUGGUCAGGCUGCAGGGGCAUGGGGAACUGACGGGGGGAAUUGGAAUGCCUCUGAACCGGCGGCAGGCGGAGCCUGGGGCGCUGCUACUGCACAAGAUGCUACAUCUCCUGCAUGGGCGAACACCGCUCCACCUUUCGGGGGUGGAAGUAGUAGGCGUGGAGCAGCUAGUCCUGGACGGGCCGCAUGGAGUUCUUCGCCCACUGGCGGUGGUGGAGGUGGUGGGUGGGGAGGUGCGCAAACGGGCUGGGGUAGUCCCAACCGAGAGACCAACGGGUGGGCGACGUGA